AUGGACGACAGAUGGGUGCACAACAAAACUAACACCGCCUACAUUUCACGACGGAACCUUCUCUCCACGAAUGACGAGUGUACCGUCAUUCAUCUGUCCUACGUCGCUCCUUCUACACUCUCUCCUGCAGAGCAAUCACGUGAAAUUCGAUACGCUCUGCAGCUCCGAGAAGGGCAUACAGGCAGCCAUGCCACAGCAAGCUUAGCUUUCACCACAGUUCGUAGCCCAACCUAUAUGGAUCAUGGAACCACCUUGCGACAUUUUGCCAAGACGGUGGUGAACCUUAGCAGUGGUUUACUCUUAGCUAGGCUUCGGAUUCCGAGAAGUCGGAAUGUGUCGAACUCCUUCUCAGCUUGGGAGACCCUGUCAGAGGACGAACAUCCGCUGUGCAUCGCAGUCCGACGCCCAGUGUCACCUCCACACCACUAUGAGGCGGUAAACCGUUGUGGAGGAUUUACCGCCUCAUAUUGGCGUGGAGGUGACACUGGCCUCACAGUGGAGACUCAUUACUCCAACAAAUUAGAAACAGCUAUUUCGCGUUUUAAAAACGAAAAGUUAGAAUCGCUCAGUGUUUCUAAAAUUGAAGGAGAAAAUUCUGCACGCUUGCUAAGAGAUAGUAUGCAACGUUUGGAAGAAGCAAUAGGAGCUAUUGAUGCCGCAACUUCUAAAAUCGAGCAAGUUCUUCAAGACUAUGCCGCGGAAUUUGCUGAAUUAACUCAACCUGCAGAAAAAGAUCAGGAAGAUUUUGAAGAAUACUCUGCUAAAGCAGAACUAUCGGUAACAUCGGCGUUUGAUUAUUCCUUACUUUUAAAAGCCAAAGCUUUUAAAUCGUACGGUAAAAUGUCUUGUUUAAUGUCGGGCACCAGCACAUCGCACGCACAAUCGCAAGAGUGCGCGACGGCAACACUGACUCAACCAAAACGAAUUGAACUUCCCACUCUGCCUAUACCAAUCUUUCGGGGGAACGUAUGGGAGUGGGACAACUUUUGGGAACUUUUCAAGGAAAAUGUACACUCUCAGGACUUGCCAGAACUUUUCAAAUUCGACUAUUUGCUAAAUGCCUUGAAAGAAGAAGUCCUAGAGUCAGUGAAAAAGUUCCAAAUCAAUAGAGAAAACUACAGCAAAGCUCUUGAGUUCCUUCAUCACAAGUAUGGCAGUGCAGAAGAGCUUGUUAAUCGUCUCACUAAUAAACUUGAACAUUGUUCUCUUCGUUCACCCUCUCUGCGAGAUCAAAGAACUCUCUUUGACCAAUUACAAGUCAUUGUAACUCAGCUUAGGCAAAAGGGCGAGUCUUGUAUGUAUUGCGGAGACAACCACAAACCUUGGAAUUGUCUCAAGUACAAAACACCCAAAGAACGUUCUCAAUAUUUACGAGAACACAAAGUAUGCCUAAUUUGCGCCUCACCACAGCAUAUUACUUCUCAGUGUCAGAAGCGUCCUUGUUUCAAGUGUGAAGGUGCACACCACACUUCGUGUUGCUUUAAAGGGGAAAAGCAAGUCUCUUCACAGACAAGUAAGAUAGAGCCAUCUUACGGAGCAAAGAAGAACAAAGAAGCGCGGCACCAAUAUAAGGAUUCUAGGCCUACUAAGAUCAUCAAGAAGGUAAAUCACAUAGGUGAGGAAGCAGUCAUUUGCGAACUCCAUUCAGUACGGAAGACAAAAGGCUCCAGCAGCACAGUCCUACCGACCGGAGAACUAACGGUAAAGAAUGCAAAAACUAAGAAUCUCAGGAAAAUUUGCGUCCUACUUGACAAUGGGGCAGAGAUUUCUUUCAUCGACAGUAGUCUCACCGACGACCUUCAUCUCCCCACUCUCGAAGAAACAAAAAUACGUCUGCACACGUUUGGAUCGGAACAAGUGCAAGAAAAAAUAUGCCGCAGGGAUCAACUAGACGUCUGGGAUGUGGAAGGACAAUCAAUGUCUCUGUCACUCCUCACACAUGAUGUCCUCACAAAAUCCUUCGAUACUCCGCCAAUACGCGAAGAGGACGUGGAGUUCAUCCGCAAGUUGAACCUUCCUAUUAAGCUCACAAGAGACAAGUCGACAAUUCAACCACUGGUUCUCCUUGGAUGCGACCAGCUGUGGUCAUUGAUUAGAGACGACCAACCUCAGCUUCACCUGCCCUCAGGACUUCAUCUUCUUCCCUCCCGCUUGGGUCAUUUGUUAACAGAAACAGCUGGAACUGAAGAAUUCGACAAGUCUGAGAAAGAGGAAAAAGCUCUUGUAGACCAAAAAGUGUGGGAUAUUUUCAAAAACACCAUUGAAAAGAGAAAUGAUGGUUACUAUGUUCGGCUUCCAUGGAACGAAUUCGCGGGAGAGGACAACAGAAGUAUAGCAUUUCGUCGGCUAGCAAGUGUCUGGAACUCUUUAAGAAAAGACGACAAGCUAUUGGAACAGUACGACCAAUUGUUCCAGGAGCAGAAGCGACUUGGAACAGUACGACCAAGUGUUCCAGGAGCAGAAGCGACUUAA